GUGGCUCCAGUGGUCACGUGACCACCGAGCGGCGCAAUAAGGGGGAAAAGAGGAGGCUGUGGAGCUGGUUCCGUUAACACCGGGAGACGGAAGAGGGGGAGAGAGAGACGGAAGAGGGGGAGAGAGAGACGGAAGAGGGGGAGAGAGAGACGGAAGAGGGGGAGAGAGGAAGAGAGAGAGAGGAAGAGAGAGAGAGACGCCCAGCCGCUCCUGUCACACACGCGAUAACCUUCGAGCGUUGUUACGGACACACACACACACACACACACACGAGGGAGAGCAACGCCAACGUCCGCAUGCCGGAGGGUCGCGUGUUUCCAGUGUGGCGGGGGAUCGGGGUCGGUGCUGGCGUGUGGAGCCAGGGCUGGGGACGCUGUCUGCAAUGGGACCCCGACGGUCCAGAACAAGGGCCCCGGAUCCCGGUGUUUGACUACCCGGUCUGGGUUGUCCUCUGUCAGGGGGGGCGCGCCAGGCUCAGGGAGGUUUGUCAGCGGGGGAGGGGUGCCAUCCGACUGCCCACGGACAUGCUGAGCAUCAAGCUGCCCCAGCUCUUUGACAUCCACCAGGUGCCCAAGGUGUUCCGGGAGGACAGCAUCAUCUCUGGGUACCGUCACCCGCGCAGCUCGGCGCUGGACUGCGUCCUCAGCAGCUUCCAGCUGAACAACGAGACCGUCAACAUCUGGACCCACUUCCUGCCGACGUGGUACUUCCUGUGGCGCUUCUGCGCCCUCUGCUCCACGAUGAACUUCCUGACGGACAGCUACACCUGGCCCCUGCUGGUGUACAUGCUGCUCAUCUGCGUCUACCCCUUCACCUCCUGCUGUGCGCACACCUUCAGCACCAUGUCCCCGGAGUCCCGGCACAUCUGCUACUUCUUUGACUACGGAGCGCUCAGCCUCUACAGUCUGGGUUGUGCCAUAAGCUACGGAUACUACGUGAUGCCCGACUGCCUGCUGAACAGCUGGCUCCAUCAACAUUUUGUCCCCAUCGCCAUUGGAAACACGCUGUUCUGCACCGGUCUGUCCUGCUACUCCAGGUUCCUGGAGCUGCAGUUCCCACAGAGGAGCAAAGCGCUGAGGACGGGCGCGUUUGUCCUCCCGUUUAUCUUUGACACGGUUCCUCUGUUUUACCGGAUCCUGCUCUGCUGCGGGGGCAGCGGCUGCAGCCCGAGCGACGCCCUGUCCAGUCACUGUUACCACCUCCUCUUCGCCUUCCUCACCUGCUUCCUGUUCACCGCCCACCUGCCGGAGAGGCUGGCCCCGGGACGCUUCGACUACAUCGGCCACAGCCACCAGCUCUUCCACGUCAGCGCCGUGGUGGGGACCCACUUCCAGAUGGAGGGCGUGAUGGCAGACAUGACGUCGCGGCGGGCGUGGCUGCUGGCCCACGGAGGCACGCCCUCCUUCCUGGGGACCAUCGGCAUGCUGGUCGCCAGCCUCGUCCUCAACCUGGGCAUCAUCGGCAUCUUCAGCACGCCGCUGCUGUGGAACUCCCCGCACGGCGCCGGCCAGCCGCGCACGCCGAAGUGCAAGGAGCAGUGAGGUGUGUGUGUGUGUGUGUGUGUGUGUGUGUGUGUUGACUAUUAAAGACACUAGUUUUAUAAUUCAGAGAAAAAGAUUUUGAUGCAUUUGUCUUAACAUCCCGACGCGUCACGUGUCUGCUCAGCAGCCGAGGACCCGGCCACGUUCUUCCGAUGUCACGUUGAGCCCCCCCCCCCCCCCCUCGUGUGUGUGCCGUGUGCAAAAUGUCUGUUUUUAAUUUAUUUGUGAGGUUCCUGAAUGGGCGUUUUGGGGUUGAAGGACGCGCGCUGUUGCAACACGAGCGCGUCGGUGUUCAUUCCCGUUUACAAGUUUAAAACUAAAACUGGAAACGUCUAAUAAUCGCAGUUCGCAGGGAUCAAAUAUGGAAUAAUGUUGUUUUUUUUAUGUGCUAUAGGCCAGAAUCUCCUUUUUGCUUUAUUCAGGAUUUAUUGAAAGUAUUCUUUGUAACUGGACUGCUUGGUUGACCUACGUGUAAACAGUCUUAUAUACAGUGAAUCCACGUAUUGAUUCCACUCAGCAGGGAUUUGAUUGGCAGGUCACGUGGUUAUUGCUUCCUGAUUGCCUGCCCUCGGCAUAUUACAGCGCAUGAAAAGACCGGUACAAUUGGGGGAAAAUAUAUCUUUAUAACCGCACGUUUCCAUGACAACGCGACAGCGGCCUCAUGGCCCCUGAAGGUCUUGAGUAAAUGUUUCUCUUGUUCUUCCAUCACGCUUCAUGAGAUCCGAUCUGAACGUUUCUCACUUUAAACUUUCGUAAUCUUUUGUGUUUCCGGUCAGUUUUCCAACACGUGCGGUUUAAGGAGUGAGAAGUACAUUUUGUGAUAGUUUGGGUCUUAUUAAUAAGAGUAUUGUGGUGCAUAUAUAGUAUUACCAACCAGUCCCACUCCUCAUACACUGUGGUUAUCUUUUCCCAUCAGACGGUGUCUACAUUGACUACUGAAAUAAUAAUAAUAAUAAUAUGUUUAUAAGAUUUUAUUAUAUUAAUCUUUUUUUUGUUGCAUAAAUGAAGAUGUUUUUCUCUUUUGGGGGAUUCAUGGAUAAAGUAACAGUUGUUCAUGCUGUAA